GCCAUCCGGAUGGUGAGGCCACCAUCGCAGAAGGCGGCGGUGCCGAUGAAGCCAUCUGCAACAGACUCUGCGAAACCAAAAAUGCGAAGCGUUUGGGGCCGCGACAACAAUGCCGCCGCAUCGGUCUCCGUGCUAGAGCGCGCUGGUCCGACGUCGACAAUGUCGACAUCCAACUCGCUCAGCGCGUCCAUCUUCAAGAAGUACCAUACAUCGUCCACUGUGGCUUCGUCGGCGCGGUCGCUGCAUUCAGCCACGUCGUCGUCUGUCCGAACAAUGACGUCUUCUUCCACUACGUCCAUCACAUCCCAGUCGACGUUUGCGGCGCGCUCCAAAGCUCCGCUCUCUAGCGUCGCCGAGAACCAUCCACACUCGUCGACUACAACAGCGGCGACGACGACCACGUCCAUGAACCCCCGCGAGUGGAAGCUCAGCGACUUUGACAUCGGUCGGCGGCUCGGUCGCGGCAAGUUUGGCAGCGUAUACUUGGUGCGUGAAAAGAAAUCGCAGUACAUCGUCGCGCUCAAGGUGCUGCAGAAGGCGCAGCUGAGCAAGGCGAACGUCGAGCACCAGCUUCGGCGGGAGAUCGAGAUCCAGUCGCAUCUUCGGCACAAGAACAUUCUCCGGUUGUUUGGGUACUUUUACGAUGACAAGCGCAUCUACCUCAUCAUCGAGUUUGCCGCCCACGGCGAACUGUACAAGAAGCUGCAGAAGGCGGUGCGCUUCUCGGAAUCCCGGUCGGCGCGCUACGUCCGCGAUAUUGCGCUCACGUUGUCGUUCAUGCACAGCAAGCAUGUGAUCCAUAGAGACAUCAAGCCCGAGAACCUUCUCAUUGGCUUCCACGGCGAGCUCAAGCUGGCCGAUUUUGGCUGGUCCGUGCAUUCCCCGACGUCCCGCCGCAACACUCUGUGUGGUACCCUGGACUACUUGCCGCCUGAAAUGGUGGAAAACAAACCACAUGACGAAAUGGUAUGAGAAUACCAACAUAUACAUUAAACAUACCUGGCAUUUAACUAGGUGGAUGUGUGGACAUUGGGCAUCCUCAUGUACGAGUUCCUUGUGGGAACGCCGCCGUUCGAAGCGGAGGGCACGACCGAGACGUACCAGCGCAUCACGAGCGUAGACCUUCAGUUCCCGUCGUAUGUGACAGCGUUGGCGAGGGAUUUGCUCGUCAAGAUCUUGAAAAAGGACCCGCGGGACCGCCUCUCGUUGGACAAGAUCGUCCAGCAUCCGUGGAUUACAAGGCAUUGUACUAGUAGUAGGAGUGAUCCAACGAUCGAAGAAGCGCCGUAAAAAGGAAUAGUUACUGGUAAUAUAAUGUGUGACACUGUACAACAACAA